AAAAAAGAGAAGGAAAACCCAAAGUUAAGGAAGUUUUGCAAUAAUUUGUCAUUCCUCCCUCCACACUCAACAAACAAAGUCGUAUUUCUUUGUGCCGCCGCGAGCACCCGUCUUCUCCCCCCCUUCUUUUCGUGCACUGCUGCACUCUAAUCUUCUACCGGAGCUAUGAGCAGCCGUUCAAGAAGGACUCUGUACGUGGGUAAUCUUCCGGGUGAUAUUAGAGAGAGGGAAGUUGAAGAUUUGUUUUACAAGUAUGGACCCAUUGCUCAUAUCGACUUGAAGAUUCCACCAAGACCUCCUGGUUAUGCAUUUGUUGAGUUUGAGGAAGCUCGUCAUGCUCAAGAUGCUAUAGAUGGCCGGGAUGGUUAUGACUUUGAUGGGCAUCGCCUGCGGGUUGAACUUGCUCAUGGAGGGCGUGGGAACUCAUCAUCGACUGAUCGCUAUAGCAGUCAAAGCGGAGGACGCCGUGGUGUUUCUAAACAUACCGAGUAUCGUGUUGUGAUAAGUGGAUUGCCUUCUUCUGCUUCCUGGCAAGAUUUGAAGGAUCAUAUGCGCAAGGCAGGAGAUGUUUGCUUUUCCCAAGUUUUUCGUGAUGGGGGUGGGACUACCGGGAUUGUGGAUUACACUAAUUAUGAAGACAUGAAGAAUGCUAUCAGAAAGCUUGAUGACUCGGAAUUUCGCAAUGCUUUCUCCCGUUCGUAUGUUCGUGUGAAGGAGUAUAAAGGCAGUCGUAGUCCAAGGGGUAAGAGCAGAAGUCGAAGCAGGAGCCGUAGCCGUGGUCGUAGUUAUAGUAGGAGCAGAAGCCCAAGCAAGUCUCCCAAGAAGGCCUCACGCCGUUCACCUGCUCGAUCUCCAUCUAGAUCCAGGUCUCGCUCUCCAUCUAGAUCCAGGUCUCGCUCUUUGUCUAGAUUUGGAUAUGUGCAGCAAUGUGGGGAUUGCAAAUUAGGAUCUGGAUAUUUGCGGCUUUAUGGGAUUGCAAAUUAGGAUCUGGAUAUUUGCGGCGUUAUGGGGAUUGCAAAUUAGGAUCUGGAUUGGUUAUAUUUCAAAUGCCUCUUUACUCUUUUGGUUGUGGAGGUAUGCGGCUGUUUUUUUGAGUGGCAGCUUUGGAUACCUUCAUGGUCUGUUUGUUCUAAUAUAUUUAGCAUCACAUGUCCAUGGGUGCUAGAUUUGGGACACAGAAGAUCAUGGACUGCUUUGUUAAAGCUGGAAUACUGGACUAGUUGCUUAUUGGAUUUUGGAGCAUUCUGGAUUCUCUGGAUAUGACCGUACUAUCUUGAAGGGAUGCUCUGCUUCCUGUUUAUUGAUGCCUAAAAUUGUAGUAUGGUGCUGUUCUUAAAGGUUUAUGUUUCAAUGUAGAAGCUUGGUUGCCGGGUUUUAAAGAUGUUAAAAGCUUUUAUGUUUCUUAUCCUCUUGCUAAAUAUAAUCAAUUUUUUUUUUUUCCUGCUUGAGUAUGAAUGUGGUAACACUGUCGUGCAAGAGGAAUCAAGGCUUUUGGGUCAAGGUCUGAAACGUUGUUGAGGACAUGUGGAUAUUAAAUUGCGUUGUUUCUGGAACUUUUGCAGAUCACGAUCAAGAUCCAGAUCACCAGUGCCAGCU